AUGAUGGUGGAGCAGGCCAUGCCGAAAGCCUUCUUUUGUAACCAGAGAAAGAAACUGCCCGAACGAGUGACACUCAAAGGUCCCGGUGGCAAUACAUGGGAAGUUGGACUGACCAUAAAUUCAGGAACUAUGUUCUUCGAUGAAGGUUGGGGAAGAUUUUUGAAAGACCAUUCGCUCAAGGAGCAUGAUCUCUUGGUCUUCAAGUAUAAUGGGGUUUCCCAUUUCGAGGUUCUAAUCUUCGAUGGGGAGACCUUCUGCGAGAGGGCGAGUUCUUAUUUUGUUAAGAAGACUGAACAAAGAAAAGCUCCUCUUGAAAAUGGCAGCCAUCCCAAGAGGAUGCAUGGAGGAAACUCUUCUGGUGUUGUUAUGGCUACCCCUGUUGCUCAGGUUAUGAGCACCUCGUUAGAGAAAACUGCUGAUAAUGACAUUGGCAGCACGGUGCCAUCAUCGAGAGCUGGUCAUACGGUAGUAAAGAAUGUCACUGGAACAACACCUGUUUCUAAGCCUUCCAUCCCUACUGUAUGGAUGAACAAACAUCUUCCCUUGUUGCUCAAGCACGCCGUGGUCCUGAAGAUGAAGGACAAGACCUGGACGACCAAGUUUAAUUAUCAGCAGUCUCGUAAGAGCGGUGGCCUCUCGGCCGGAUGGAAAUCAUUUGCUGCUGAAAACAACUUGGAUGAGUUUGAUGUUUGUGUGUUCGAACCUGAUGCUCCAUUCUACACAUCGAUUAGCCUGAAUGUUAAGAUCGUUCGUGUGAUCCAAGAUGAGUAA